AUGAACACUUUAGAGCCUCUGCACAACUUGUGGCAUGCUGCAGGAGUUCCACGCGCAAGCAAUCGACACAUUGUUCGAGGAUGGCAACACAACGCAGCGCUACGAAUGAAGACGAACUCCGAGAACGCUGUCACGCUCAAUUUCUACCGACGGCUUCUCAAGCAAAUCAAGCGUUCGUAUUACAUCGACAAAAGUGAAGCGUACUUGAUGUUGAAGAGCAUUCUGGAUCCCGUGUACGAUGACGACGACGUUGAGGUACUGGCGUGGAGUGCGCGUAUCCCACGCAAGAGCAACGGCUACAUCGACGACAAACCGCAUCUGCUUCUUCCACUGACGUUCAUAUUUCUGUCGGAUAUCGAAGAGUGGAAUCAUCGAAAUCGAGAAAUCUGGGGAUAUGAAGAUUUUCGUCAUUUCAGUCUUCUUCCAACCAAGAAGGGCUCGAGUGCAGUCAUUUCACGAUGUCUCUUCAAGAUCGAGAAGUUCGAAACUGUCAACCGCAAGUUUUCUGGUGUGAUUGAGACGGACGGCAAGGCUGUGGGCAUCGUUAUGCGCAAGCCGAAGCGAGAGAUCGUUGAAACCGCGCUUGACGAGAAGGACUACGAUGUGUUGUGGGGUCUUGAUCCCGGUCGACGUGAUCUGUUUGUGGCGACGAACCAAUUCCGUGAAAAGAUCUUCUGCACGACUCGAAAGUUUUAUGAAGACGCUCACUACAAGAAGAGCAACCAGGAAACGAAGCAACACCGACGUGAGCGGCAAAUCAAGAAGUGUCCGGCGGGUCCAGUUAACCCAUUCCGACGAGAGCUGAAGAAUCACUGUCGCGUAGAAUCGAUUGACGAGUUUCGAACAAGCAAGCUUCACUCGGUGUGUCAUCGCGAAAUGAAGAAUCAGUACAGCAAGCGUCUAUGCAAGAAGGAUGGCGUCGAGCGUACGUUGAAGGUCCACAGUGUACUCCAUUGCACCAACAAUGGCUGUCACGGUAUGACUGUGAAUCGAGACGAGAACGCUUCGAAGAACAUGCUGAUGCUUCUGAUCGAGUGCAAGCUUCGUAGUCAACCGAGAUCACUCGCGUUUUCAAGACCGAGAAUGUGA